AUGCGAACAACAGCUCGCUUCGAGACGAUCACAUGGACUCUAGUCGUUUGCCUCUCUCUACAGGCAGAGGCCGGAUUGGCUGGCGUACCGUCGUGGCUCGAGGACGACCGAUGCUAUACGUUCGAUCUCAAUCUGUGUAGGAGUUAUGGAUACAACAAAACGUCCCUUCCCAAUUCGCUCGGGCAGCGAACAGAGAUGGCAGCCGUGCUGCAUUUGGGUGCGUUCGUGCCUCUCAUGGAAAGUGGAUGUUCCGAUGAGCUGCGAUUUCUUCUCUGCGUCGUGUAUCUUCCCGUGUGCGUGCGUAAUCCCGAGGACGGCAAGCUGCUCGACGUUCGACCUUGUCGUCAGUUAUGUCAACGCGUACACCGCAGAUGCGAACGAACCGCCAGGAAGCUGGGAGUGCCGUUGCCGUCCAAUUUUAAUUGCACGGCUUUCCCUGACGCAAAGAGACAAGACGAUAUUUGUUUCAAUCGACCACCAGAUCUUCCACAAACAGAAGAGACCUUGGUGUUUCCAACGGCAACGAAUCAAGCAAUUUUGUCGUUUUCCCACACUCAUCAUCCUCUACACGGUGGCGAUUCCAACGUUCCGUUGAUAGUUGCGACGACGACGGGAUGGAGUGUGUGUGGCGUUGUGAUUAUAGUCUUCUCUAUCUUUGUAUUCUGGAUGAGAAGACAGCAAAGUGACAAUAAGAGAGCAAUCGAACUGGCUAAUCGCCGUCCGUCUGUGGCUUCCGAUGUCGGUCUGCUUCUGGAAAAGCCGUCGCCAUUUUUACAGACUUGGAUCAGUGACACAUCCAAUAGCAGUAUCCCUCAUACUUCUCAUCCGGCAGACAGAAAAGGACAAGAAAACAGACUCAAAAAUGAAACUAAAAGCGCAGAGACCGCAGAAGAAAGGACAAUCGUCAACGAGCGACGUCCCUAAUUUAUGUAUAAUUAAUUAAUUACAAUAAUUUGCAAAGAAGUAUGCAUAUCUUCUCACGUUGUAUAAAUAAAGACACAUUUUGCAAUAGCAAUGAAAGCUACCACAUCACGUACAAGAGAUAUACACUGUGACUUUGUAAUUUCAAGUGACAGUUAUGCUAUUUUAGUAUGCUUCGUAUGUAUUUUCAA